AUGCUGCCUUCUGAUCCCGACGCACCAACGCGCAAGCAGCCACUGUCCAUUCCAGGCCCAAACUACCAACCGGUCCCUACCGACCAGUCACCGCUUUCGAACACCGUAUCGCUACCGAGCGCGGCCGGCAGCAUGGUCCAGCCAGGCGCACAGCCUUUGGCCGGCAACGGCGGCCAGGGCUCAGGCGUCGGCCCGCCUCUCAGCCUUCCCGGCCCAAGAGCCACCCCAUCCAACGCCCAUUCGACCUCGUCCGGCACGACGAGCUCGAGAUCGCACCUUGAGAAGCAGAACCCCGGGCUCAUGAUCUACCGCUCCUACGGCGACUAUGUCGUCGACCCAGAAGACGACGACUGGCUGCACGACCCGAAGGCGGCCGACCGGCGACACCGCUGCUGUGGCUUUGCCGACACACGCGGAUGCAUCAACCUAUUGACCCUCUCGCUCCUGGCCAUGGGCCUGCUGGCGCUCUUUGCCGGAUAUCCAGUCAUCUCGUUCCUUGAGCGCGACGUGCUGUCCAAUAAGGGGGGUUUCGGCCUCGGCGGCACCAACGCAUCCGGACAAGUGCCUUUGCUGCCCAUCAACCGCGACCUCGUCGACCCCGACACACCACAGGAGGCGCGCACACGCAUGACGGUCGACGGCAAAAAGAAGAUGGUGCUCGUCUUCUCCGACGAGUUCAACCAGGACGGUCGCAGCUUCUACCCGGGCGACGACCCCUUUUGGCAGGCAGUCGAUCUGCACUACUGGAGCACGGGCAACUACGAAUGGUACUCGCCCGAAGCCGUGACGACGGCUGGCGGCGCGCUGCAGAUCACGCUGAGCGAGGCGCAGACCAACAACCUCAACUUCCGCAGCGGCAUGCUGCAGACCUGGAACCAGUUCUGCUUCACGGGAGGCUACAUUGAGGUCUCGAUGGUGCUGCCCGGCGCGCCCGACGCGUCAGGACUCUGGCCCGCCGCAUGGACGAUGGGCAACCUGGGCAGAGCAGGCUACGGCGCCACCAACGACGGCAUGUGGCCGUACACUUACGACUCGUGCGAUGUCGGCACGCUCAAGAACCAGACCUACCCGACCGGCGGUCCGAUUGCCGCCGAGACAACGGGCGUCUGGGUCAAGGAGAACGGCCCGGGCGUCAGCUACCUGCCCGGACAGAGGCUGAGCCGCUGCACCUGCGACGGCGAGGACCAUCCGGGGCCCAAGCACCCCGACGGCUCCUACGUGGGUCGCUCUGCCCCGGAGAUCGACAUCAUCGAGGCGACGGCAUCGUCGCAGGCCGGAGGCAAGGGCCACGCUUCGAUGUCGGCUCAGCUGGCGCCCUUCGACGCCUAUUACUACAUGAAGAACACGACGGCCGACGCCGUCGUCUACGACAACGCCGCCCAGGGCCAGCUAAACUCGUACCAUGGCGGCGUCUACCAGGAGGCCGCCUCGGGCAUCGCCACGGUCAAGAGCGAGGCCUACAACGAGACCAACGGCCAGUUUGACACGUACGGCUUCGAGUACAAGCCGGGCAGCGACCAGGACUCGUACAUCACCUGGACCCUCGGCGGCGACCCCGUCUGGACGCUCCACCCGAGCGCCAUCGGACCCAAUCCUCAAAUGGAGAUCGGCCAGCGCCUCAUUCCCGUCGAGCCGAUGUACAUCAUCCUCAACCUUGGCAUUUCCUCGGGCUUCACCGUGGUGCAGUGGGAUCGGCUCAAGUUUCCAGCGACGAUGCUCGUCGACUACGUGCGCGUGUGGCAGGUCGAGGGCGAGGAGAAUGUCGGGUGCGACCCGCCCGAUUUCCCGACGGCCGACUACAUCCAGCGCCACUCGGAGGCCUACUGGAACCCCAACCUGACCACCUGGACCGAACCGCGUCCUCGCGGCGGCUACGCAUCGACCUUUCCGCGAAACUCGAUGCUCACAAAGUGCGACUAG